AUGGCUGAAAUAUUUGCUCAACUUCUCUACCUCUACGACGGUCUGAUUAAGGCGCCCACCAGCGAAAAGGUGUUGCAUAAUCAGUUAUGGGUUGAGCGCGCAAUAUUCGUUGCCUGGGGGCGCGCAGUCGGCCUCUCCGCCGAUGCUCGUUCGAAACCGCUGGCGGGCGAUUUCGACGAUGGGGAUCUGUUGCGCGCAGUGGAGAUUACUAUGAAGAGUGUAGUGGAGGUGUGCGCUGAUAGAACGAUGGCCUGGAGGAACUUUGGUGUGAGGAAGGGUGGGAGGGGUUUUCUUCGAAAGUUUCUUUGGAAGACUACUGAGGAGGAGGAGGAGGCGUGGCAGAUCGCAGAUGGGAGGAAGUUCAAAGACCUGGUGGACGAAAUGAAGAGAGUCAACUGUGAUCUGGAAAGGAUUGUUUCUAGGAAUUGUGUCCCGGCACACCCGGCGGAACGGGAAUUCGAAGACGAGGAUGAAGAGGAAGAGGAAGAAGUAUUGGAGGAGGAUGCAAUGGCCGGAAUCCCACCGCCAGCGUAUUACCAUCCCGUCUCUGCUCCGCCAUCUCCGCCAGCAUCCAACUCUCCGUCACCAUCGCCAUCCCCGCUCCCCUCAAACCGCCAUAAACCCCGCCGCAGCAGAGACCUUCCCCCUGCCCUUGCGGCCCUCCUCACAACCUACAACAUGACAGUGCAGACCUAUGGCCCCUCUGCACCAGAGGCUCUCUCUAUCGAAGACCUCCUCUGGCACAAUCACUUUUCCCAAGCCCCUGACUUCUCUGCUGCACACACCGCGCAAAUAACCCACGGCCGCGAUAGUCCGGAAACUAUCCGGGCACUGCACUCUCUUGCCCGUAAUCUCUCCGACAAACAGGAUUUCGCUACAGCACUCGCGCUCUACACAAUCUGCCUUUCCCGUGAGACCCGUGUGUAUGGUAACUCGCACCCGCAAACACUCCGGUCGAUGUCCGGCCUUGCUUUCGCAUUCCAGAACGUCGGAAAGGACGAGGAUGCGCUGGAAAUGUACCAGCGAGCGCUAAGUAGAUGGGGAGACGUGGUUAAUGUGUAUACUGUGCGGGCUAGGGUAAAUGUCGCUAGUAUAUAUGCCGAUAAUGGACGAUUUGAAGAUGCGGAGGAAGUGCUGAGACGCACCGUGCAAGAGGCCGGAGUAAAACUUGGGGGUGGUCAUGAGAGCACCAAAUUAGCGAUGCAUAACCUCGGAUUCUUGCUCAGAGCCUUGGGGAGGGGUAGAGAGGCCGCCGGAACUGUCCGCUGCAGCGAAGGUAAUGCCUUGUAUGCAGGAGGGGCGAUGAAAAGGGGGGGAUUCGAUUCUUUGUUUGUAUGUUUUGAGAUAUAUUUUGACAAUCAGAGGUUCCUUUACUAA